AGUUCGGUUUUUAAUUAGCAAAAAAGCGCCGUCGUUAGUUUGCUGUUGUUUCCAGUACCUGUAGCUCACUCCUAAAGUUUUAACUCUGUUUUUUUUUUAUAUAUAUUAUUUAAGAAAUUAAAUACAAGUUAGUUUUGUCUUCAAUUCAAGCGACUUCGAAGUCGAUUUCGGGGGAGCAAUGAGUUUCCUGUUUGGCAAUCGCUCUUCAAAGACCUUCAAGCCGAAGAAGAACAUUCCUGAAGGUUCCCACCAGUACGAGCUGCUGAAGCAUGCGGAGGCGACGCUGGGCAGCGGGAAUCUGAGGCAGGCUGUCGUGCUGCCGGAGGGAGAGGACCUCAAUGAGUGGAUCGCAGUCAACACUGUGGAUUUCUUCAACCAGAUCAACAUGCUGUACGGGACGAUCACAGAGUUCUGUACUGAGAUCAGCUGUUCUGUGAUGUCAGCUGGGCCCAGAUACGAGUAUCACUGGGCAGACGGCACCAACAUUAAGAAGCCCAUCAAGUGCUCGGCUCCCAAGUACAUCGACUACCUGAUGACCUGGGUUCAAGACCAGCUGGACGACGAGACCCUCUUCCCAUCCAAGAUCGGCGUGCCGUUCCCCAAGAACUUCAUGUCCGUGGCGAAGACGAUCCUGAAGCGUCUGUUCAGAGUCUACGCCCACAUCUACCACCAGCACUUCGACUCGGUCAUGCAGCUGCAAGAGGAGGCGCACCUCAACACGUCCUUCAAACACUUCAUCUUCUUCGUUCAGGAGUUCAACCUGAUUGACCGCAGAGAACUGGCACCCCUCCAGGACCUGAUCGAGAAGCUGGGCUCGAAGGACAGAUAGACGGGCGCAGAAACAGACAGACAGACAGACACGCUCCCAGAUUCAGCAUCCUACCUACAGUACAACCUGGUUUCUGUUGCAGAAGCUUCUGCUAAAUGUUUAGGGGGAAAAAAAAACAAAACAACAACAACUUGAAAACUUAACUUCAUCCUGACUGAAUGUGCACGCAGUGAAGCUCGGAGUGGCUUGCUUUUUUGGGGGUGGGGGGCUCUAUUCUCACCGAAGCAGAGCCCUUACGCAGUUUUACAGUUUUAAUAAAAUGUGAUUUUUUUAAAAAAAAAAAAAAAAAAGGAAAGCAAACUAUAUCAAAGCCAAGGUUUUGUAACAGACCUGCCGUGGCCUAAUAGUCAGUUUAUUCAUUUUCAAAGUGUGAAAUCGUACAGCAUGCAACAAGUUCCAAAACAAGCGAUAUGCAGUUACUUUGGUGAAAGAAUAAAUCGAUUAGCUUGCUUUUUUUUGCUUUUUUUUUUUUAAAACAGUGUUUUCACGGUAGAGUUACAUGUCGUAGGUUUGCAGUAUUGUAACAGACAUUCAGAAGGCUAGUGUCUGUCUGCAGGAGUUUCUGUUUUAAUACAUUCAGGGUUUCCAGUUUUAAUUAACUUAGCAGUGCAGUCUUUUAAAAUAAAAUGCUUUUUAUUUUUAUUUUUUCUAAACGCGUGUGUGUGUGUAUGGGCUGGAGAGGAGGUCUGUAGUAGAAAGUAAUUGACCCGAGGGAAGACUAUUGUUCUAUGUUUUGUUUAAAUAUAGCUGAUACAGCAUAAGUAAGUAAAUAAAUAAGUAACAAUGUUUCUGAAGUUCAUACCGUGCAGUUGGCAAAGUUUUUGGUUUGCAGACUGCUGCACAAUCCAGUUUAUAUCUCGCCUGUCCUAUCUGUUCACGUCGUCGAUUUGAAUUUCAGAGAGUCAGAAAACCGUGACGUUUUUUAAUCAUCAUUUUAGUGUUGGGAGCAUCUUUCUUUUCUUAGUAUGUUUUGUAAUUCUUGUUCUGUUGACUCGCAGAAUCUGUGUUCAGUUAGUUUCUUUUGUCAAGUGUGCCUGGGGAGAAAGGCGUUUCUUUGAAAAGGGACCGGGACUGACAGUGAUGUGAACCAAUCGCGUGACGUUGUUUUCCUCCUAUGGUGAUGUUUUAACCAAUCACAGGCCAGGAUUUCCAGUAUAUGUACAAUAGACCUGUGAAUAUGGGUUUUCAAAAAGCAGUCUUUUGGCUUGUUCAGCUACCAUGCGGCAAAAGCACAAAUGAUUAAAGAUAAAUAGAUAUAAAACUUGUGGAUCUGUUGACGUUUUCAAACUUUUCGUUGCCAGGUUGAUUUUGAAUAAAAGCUUGGUUUGCGAUUUUAAGACUUGGUGCACUUUGAAACGAUUCUUGUCAGAUUGAUUCUUGUAUGCAUUGAUUUUGAUGUUAUAUUUGAUCAUUUUUAAAGCACAUUUCAAAACCCAUAGCGCUAUCAACCAUUCUACAUGGCAAAAAAGUGAGGAAAAUAAAAAUACUUGAAAAAAAAUCAGACACCGUGUAGGGCUAGGGUUGUGUUUUAUUUUUUAUAAAUGAAUAUUAAUGCAACCCAAGCUCCAAGCAGGGAUACUAUAUUUGUAUUUUAUUUAGUGUUUUUUUUUUUUUUUUUAAUGGAGCGUAUCAAAAAAAUAAUAGACAAAUUGCGAAAUUUUGGAGAAUUAUAUAUACAUAUAUAAAAAUAAAUUCUCCAGCCGGUGUGUUAUAUCUGUGUUUUAAAACUAUUGAAAUUGUCAGAAGACUUCAUUGUGACAUCAGCUGCCACAGUCCUGGCUUGAGUAGGUAUUUAAUUUCUAGUUGGCCAAUUGCAGAAGUUUAUUUGCUUGUUAAUAAACUGUCGUUAGAUGUGCCAUGCGUGCCUGUGUGUAUCGUUACAGCUCAUACUUAACAUGUAUGUUUCCUGCUCUAGUCAGACACAGGCUGGUAUGUAAUGCCACUGAUACCCUAUGCACACGACCAUCACUAUGUGAAAACGUGAUUGUGAGUGGCAGUCGUGUGGUUUAAAUGCACAUUAUUUGGUUAGUGUGGAUAGCUUAUAGAAUAAUAGCGUUAACUCUGCGUACCGGUCUUUGUAUGUCCUUUUUUUUUUUUUUUAAUGGAGCAGGAAACUACCAAGCCUCAAAACACACUCAAGGUACUUAUGAGCUCCGAUUUGAUAUUUUACUAACAUCUAACUAAACUUUGGCAAGUGGGUAAUUGCAUAUUAAUGAAAUACUUUUGUGCCACUUGAAAAAUGCCACCCAAAAGAAAAAUUUUGUACAUGAUCUGUGUGCAAAUUGAUGAUCCUGAAAUCCACAAUAGUGCCGCCCCCCCAAAUGUUGUUUAUAACAGAGGGGUGUCCUGUAAUAAUAAUAACAUAUUAACAAUAAUAUUAAUAAUCUUUAGGGGACAGCAGUAUAGCUAAAAGAAUGUGUGCUUUUUUGAUUUUGUGGUUUUAUACACAUGAUGUAAACUUUUGUUUUUAUAUUCAAUCAUGUAUGUUAAUGCCACCUGUGCUGUAAUAUUUUUUUUUUCUGUUAUAUAUACUUGAUCUCUUGGUUUUAAAUUUUUUUUUUUUUUUUUUUGUAUGUUUCGAUCUAAAUAACAUUGUUUGCCAUGUGUUAGUAGCGAUAACACAGUCUGCUAUAUCUAAAUGGGGUUUUACUACAGCAUGUUUUCCCUGUGUGGUGUGUGUUUAAAAUUGAAUAUAGUAUUUUCUAUAGCGGUAAAAACGAGAAAUAUUUUGGACCAAUCGGCUUAUUAAACCUACCUUUUUAAUGCCUUGGAAAAACUUCCUGUGUGGAAGGUCUGUAUAUCUUUUUGUUUUUAAAUCUUAUUGUAGGACUUGUUCCACUUUGUCAAUCACUUAUUUUUGUUUGUUUUAAAAGUGUUCUCUUUUGUAUUAAAUGCGUGUUUGGUUCACAGAAACACGUGCUUUAUUAAAUUAGCAUCUCAGCA